AUGAUGAGGAUUCCCAAGCGUGAACAAAGAGGAAAUUGCAAUUGCCGCGUACAGCGAGUCUUCGAUCCAACUUCCGACGAUGAGGGUGCUCAGCCUUCCCGGCGCCCACCCCGGAUACAGGAUCCAUUGGAUCCAUCGCGUACGGUUCCCUACCAGAAUGUUCAGCCUAUUCAGCAGUUUCCCGGGCAAACCGAUGCGCAAUCCAUAGCAUUUUACCAACAUAUUAUGUCUCUUAGUGUAUCGACUAGGACAGCGAAUGGUCAAAGCGUGGGAGCCGAACCAUCUCAUAGCCUUCCUUUGCGAGAUGGUCUGCGAACGCAACAGCCUAUAGCGGAACCAAGCCCGAGUGAUCAGUCAACACCUGCAGCAACGCCAACAGCACCAACCCGACGUGGUCAAGUCCCUCACCAGGAGCAGUCACAUUCGGUCGGCCAAGCCUACUCUCCAACAACGGUCCAAGGCGUUAGCUCCCCUUCGCCAGUACGUCCAGACAGCAAUGUGAAUUCUAACCACUAUUCACUCUCAAGGCCACAGGAUUGGGACGCCGCCUACCAUCAGCCUCGAACCCCAGCUUCUUAUAGUGUAAUCCAGCCUGCCAUGAACGGUCGCAGCAUGCCUGACCCCGCACACUUUGAGCGACUAGGUUACCCUUAUCCGCCACCCGGCGACCCCUAUCCCAUCAUCAGCGCUGCUGUGCCAUCCACAGAAUUCAAUGCCUUAACAAAUUCCAACAACUGUCAAUGCGGCCCAGGAUGCACGUGCGUGUACUGUGCAACCCAUCCAUACAACGACGCGACCAGAGAACGUGUACACGAUCUUAACCAAAUCAUGACGAUGGACAACUAUUGGGCUGUGAAUCCUGUGAGCCCGCCGCCAUCUAGAUAUGGGGUGGCUCCCACAAAUGGCACCAAUAUAGAGCCAGUGAUGGGACAGGGAUACCCACCGCUGGACGAGGGACCUUUUCCGUCCGCAGCAUCUGAAUGGACGAAUGCGCCAAUCCAGGGCCCUGAGCUUCAGCCGACGUUUGACGAGGGGGCGUCGGUCGAUAGUGGCGAUUAUUUCAACGAUUUCUCUCCCCGUACGAUGCGGAACUCCGGGUACUUUACCAUGGAAUAUCCCGUGAACAACAAUUGCACCGAUGCUACUGGGAUGUGCCAGUGCGGUAGUGAUUGCAGAUGCUCGGGAUGUCUCACUCAUCAGGGACAUAAUGGGCUUCCCAAUUAG